AUCCCCUCAGGCAGUGACUCCUUGCUUGCACCUGCAGCUGUCUACGGCUGACGGAUCUUGGCUUUGCCCUGUAGGAAGUGACCUGGGCGGCUCGGAUAGUAUUGUCCGGUAACUCCGAGAACUCUGUAUACUUCCCCAGCAGCUUGCGGGUAGGGCUCCCUGAGUUCCCCUCAGGACCACUCGCCCUCCCCUGGUUUCUCUCCCUCCCCUGGUGCCCCUCGCUGUCAUGCCCAGCAGCCAUCUGUAACAACGCUCUCCCAGUAAUCUCUGCUAAUCCCUGGACUGCCGCCUCAUGUUCCCCGGAACGAGGAGCACACGCCGCGGCCAUGUCUCUCCUGUGUGUCCGAGUAAAAAAGGCCAAACUUCACGGACCCCCAGAUAAAUUCAAUACUUAUGUGACCUUAAAAGUUCAAAAUGUGAAGAGCACAACGGUUGCUGUACGGGGUGACCAGCCAUGCUGGGAGCAGGACUUCAUGUUUGAAAUCAGUCGUCUUGACCUCGGUCUUAUAGUGGAAAUGUGGAACAAAGGGCUUAUCUGGGAUACUAUGGUUGGAACAGUCUGGAUACCCUUAGAAAGCAUAAGACAGUCUGAUGAGGAAGGUCCUGGGGAAUGGGCAGCAUUAGAAGCAGAAGUCCUGAUGAAGGAAGAGGAAAUAUGCGGUACCAGGAACCCAACUCUUCAUAGGAUAUUGUUAGAUACAAGAUUUGAAUUGCCUUUUGAUAUCCCUGAGGAAGAGGCUAAAUAUUGGACGAAAAAGCUUGAACAAAUUAAUAACCUGGAAGAGCCUGAAGAGCCUUUGAAGACCCAGAUAGUGCAGUUGAUGACCGGGAUAGUGACUACCGUAGUGAGACCAGCAAUAGCAUUCCGCCACCUUACCACACCACCUCGCAACCUAACGCCUCUGUGCACCAGUUUUCUGUACAGCCUCGGUUACAGCAGCAGGGAAGUUCACGGGAAUCCUGUGUAGACUCUAUGCAAAGUUAUGACUUAGACUUUCGUGAGAGGAGGGGAUUAAGGAAACAUAAUAGCAUAGAUUCCACUUCGAAUGGAAGAAAUGAUAUAGAGUCUGCAUCUGAAUCUAGUCAGCUGACAAGUCACCAUUAUUCUCUAGAAUGCAGACAUUCUCUAGAUUUAUCGGAUAGUCCCGAUGGUAGUAGCAGCAGGUACGGCUCCUCUGGCAAUGUCAGCCAAGGAAGUUCUCAGCUCAGUGAACUGGACCAUUGUCAUGAAAGCCUUCAUUCUUUUGAACUAGAAGAAGAACGCCAGGAAUCAAAUUUCAUUUUUCGUACCUCUGCCAAUGUGAGAAAAAGUGAUCAAGAAUGGUACCGUGAGCAUGAAACAGAAAAAGAGGUCGUUCCUCAGGCUGAUGAGUCAGUUAUUAAAGAUGUUCCAACCAAAAUAAAUUCAGAGCUUGAUACUCCAAGAGAUGUUGUGCUUGAUCGUCCAAGAGAUGUUGUGCUUGAUCGUCCAAGAGAUGUUGUGAUUGAGAAACAAGAGAGUUAUCAUGAAGAAGUUGGUCCUCCACCAUUUUCACCUGCCAAAGCUCGCUGGCUUAGAGCCAUCAAUAAAGUACGGGUCCAGAUGCAAGAGAAUCAAGAUGAUGGAGAUCCAUCCAAGCCUCCGUGGUUUAAGGGAGGGCCUGGAGGGGGUUUGUAUGGCAUUGACAGUAUGCCUGACCUACGCAAGAAGAAGCCAAUUCCUCUGGUCAGCGAUUUGUCGCUGGUACAGUCUCGGAAGGCUGGGAUCACCUCCGCUAUGGCUACGCGCACUUCACUUAAGGACGAAGACCUGAAGUCACAUGUAUACAAGAAAACCUUACAAGCCUUAAUUUAUCCAAUCUCCUGCACAACCCCUCACAACUUUGAAGUGUGGACUGCCACAACACCAACCUACUGCUAUGAAUGUGAAGGUCUGCUCUGGGGAAUCGCACGUCAGGGAAUGCGCUGCACAGAGUGCGGGGUGAAAUGUCACGAGAAGUGCCAAGACUUGCUGAAUGCUGACUGCCUGCAGCGAGCAGCAGAAAAGAGCUCCAAGCAUGGAGCAGAGGAUAGGACCCAAAAUAUCAUCAUGGCAAUGAAGGACCGUAUGAAGAUCAGAGAGAGGAACAAGCCAGAAAUUUUUGAGGUUAUCAGAGAUGUCUUUAGUGUGGGCAAAGUGGUCCAUGCUCAGCAGAUGAAAACUGUGAAACAGAGUGUAUUGGAUGGAACAUCCAAAUGGUCUGCCAAGAUCACCAUAACUGUGCUGUGCGCCCAGGGCCUGCAAGCCAAGGACAAAACGGGAUCUAGUGACCCCUACGUCACUGUACAGGUUGGAAAGACGAAAAAAAGAACAAAGACAAUCUAUGGGAACCUGAACCCAGUGUGGGAGGAAAAAUUUCACUUUGAGUGCCAUAACUCGUCAGAUCGCAUCAAGGUUCGUGUCUGGGAUGAAGAUGAUGACAUCAAGUCAAGGGUAAAACAGAGGCUAAAGCGGGAAUCAGAUGACUUCCUUGGACAGACAAUCAUUGAAGUACGCACACUUAGCGGGGAGAUGGACGUGUGGUACAAUCUCGAGAAACGAACAGAUAAGUCUGCUGUAUCUGGUGCUAUUCGCUUGCAGAUCAAUGUUGAGAUUAAAGGAGAGGAGAAAGUGGCGCCUUAUCACGUUCAGUAUACGUGUCUUCAUGAGAACCUUUUCCAUCACCUCACGGACAUUCAAGGGAGUGGGGUAGUGAAGAUACCGGAAGCUAAAGGGGACGACGCUUGGAAAGUUUAUUUUGAUGAAACGGCUCAGGAGAUUGUGGAUGAGUUCGCUAUGCGAUAUGGAAUAGAAUCCAUUUACCAGGCUAUGACACAUUUUGCCUGUUUGUCAUCCAAAUACAUGUGCCCUGGAGUGCCUGCCGUCAUGAGCACUUUACUCGCCAAUAUCAAUGCUUACUAUGCACAUACCACGGCAUCCACCAACGUGUCUGCCUCUGACCGCUUCUCCGCCUCCAAUUUUGGGAAAGAGCGAUUUGUCAAACUCUUAGACCAGCUGCACAAUUCACUGAGAAUUGAUCUCUCCAUGUACAGGAAUAAUUUCCCAGCCAGCAGCCCUGACCGCCUUCAGGACUUGAAAUCCACAGUGGAUCUGUUGACCAGCAUCACAUUCUUUCGUAUGAAGGUUCAAGAGCUACAGAGCCCUCCCCGUGCCAGCCAGGUGGUGAGGGACUGCGUGAAGGCCUGUCUGAAUUCCACGUACGAAUACAUCUUCAACAACUGCCACGAACUGUACAGCCGUGAAUAUCAGACUGACCCGAACAAGAAGCAAGAUUUGCCUCCCGAGGAGCAAGGCCCAUGUAUUAAAAACCUGGACUUCUGGCCAAAGCUCAUAACGCUGAUAGUAUCUAUCAUAGAAGAAGAUAAGAACGCAUACACUCCUGUGCUUAACCAAUUUCCUCAGGAACUCAGUGUGGGAAAGGUCAGCGCAGAGGUUAUGUGGAAUCUGUUUGCUCAGGAUAUGAAAUACGCCAUGGAAGAGCAUGAGAAGCACCGGCUGUGCAAAAGCGCAGACUACAUGAACUUACAUUUCAAGGUGAAAUGGCUGUACAAUGAGUAUGUGCGGGACUUGCCGGCUAUGAAAGAUAAAGUGCCUGAAUACCCAGCGUGGUUUGAACAGUUCGUCAUGCAGUGGUUGGAUGAAAAUGAGGAGGUAUCGCUGGAAUUCCUGCAUGGAGCGCUGGAGCGUGACAAAAAAGAUGGGUUUCAGCAGACCUCGGAGCACGCCCUGUUUUCCUGUUCAGUGGUGGAUGUUUUUACGCAGCUUAACCAAAGCUUUGAGAUCAUUAAGAAACUUGAGUGUCCGGAUCCAGUUAUUGUGGCUCACUAUAUGAGGAGGUUUGCCAAGACUAUUAGUAAAGUCCUUCUUCAGUAUUCAGAUAUCCUGUCCAAGACCUUCCAGUCAUAUUGCUUCAAGGAGAAACUGCCCUGCAUCCUGAUGAACAACGUCCAGCAGCUGAGGGUGCAGUUAGAGAAGAUGUUUGAAGCCAUGGGAGGAAAGGAGUUGGAUCCUGAGGCCAGUGACACACUGAAAGAGCUGCAAGUCAAGCUAAACAAUGUGCUAGAUGAGCUGAGCGCCGUGUUUGGUAACAGCUUCCAGUUCCGCAUAGACGAGUGCAUCAAGCAGAUGUCAGAGAUCCUCAGCCAUGUGAAGGGUACAGGGAAUGUGCCAGCCAAUGCCAGGAAUACUGUGGCACAGGAUGCAGACAAUGUCCUGCGGCCACUAAUGGACUUCCUGGAUGGAAAUUUGACUCUGUUUGCCACCGUAUGUGAGAAGACUGUGCUGAAGCGAGUGCUGAAGGAGCUCUGGAGAGUGGUGAUGAACACUAUGGAAAAGAUGAUUGUCCUCCCACCCCUUACAGAUCAGUCGGGAGCACAGUUGAUUUUCAGUGCAGCAAAGGAACUGGGGCAGUUGUCAAAAUUAAAGGAUCACAUGGUGAGGGAAGAGACACGUAGCCUAACCCCGAAGCAGUGCGCUGUUAUGGAUCUUGCAUUAGAUACAAUCAAGCAAUAUUUCCAUGCUGGAGGUAAUGGUCUGAAGAAGACUUUCCUAGAAAAAAGCCCCGAUAUGCAGUCCCUGCGCUACGCGUUGUCUUUGUACACACAGACCACAGACACGCUCAUCAAAACCUUCGUCCAGACGCAGACUGCACAGGGCUCCGGUGUGGAGGAUCCUGUGGGUGAAGUGUCUAUACAGAUAGACCUGUUCACUCAUCCAGGCACUGGGGAGCAGAAAGUGACAGUCAAAGUGGUAGCAGCAAACGACUUGAAGUGGCAGACAACAGGGAUGUUUCGGCCCUUCGUGGAGGUCACCAUGAUUGGACCUCAUCAAACUGACAAGAAAAGGAAAUUUACUACUAAGUCUAAGAGCAAUAACUGGGCACCCAAGUACAAUGAGACAUUCCACUUUAUCCUUGGAAAUGAAGAUGGUCCUGAGUGCUAUGAGCUACAAGUGUGUGUGAAGGAUUAUUGCUUUGCUAGAGAGGACCAUGUGUUGGGAAUAGCUGUAAUGCAGCUGCGAGACAUUGCCGACAAAGGGAGUUGUGCAUGUUGGUGUCCUCUUGGGCGCCGUGUUCACAUGGAUGAGACUGGGUUAACGGUGCUGAGGAUUCUAUCUCAAAGGACCAAUGAUGAGGUAGCCCGGGAAUUUGUGAAACUCAAAUCAGAGACACGAUCCACAGAAGAGGUGAACUAAAUCUGACUCAGGGCUUUAAACGUCUUGAGAAAUAUGUGCCAAUUUUUGCAGCUGUCAAGUGAGACUUCUGUCCUCUAAUAACCUAAUGAGACCUCUGGCCUCUAAUGGUGCGCUGUAUAGGGACGCUGCUACACAAAUCUAUAUUAUUUAUUUUUAGGUGAGAUAUUACAGAUAUUUACUUACCUAAUCUUAAUUUUUUUUAUUUAAAGAGAAGUUAGUUUAUUGUACAUAUCUUAUUUAUCAAAGAACAUUACUUUCUACUGAUAAUGGCAGUGCAACUCUGUGGUUAUAGAGCACUGUGAUUCUGUCCAAAAAUGGUUUCUGACAUUGUUUGGAUUAUCUACGGUCAAAUCGCCAGAAGAGAAAAUGCUGUACUGAACUUUCAGCUCUGGUCGUAAUACAGCGACUGUUAUGGCAGUAAACCACACUCGCUGCAACUCAACCAACUUUACAUAAGCAGUUUGACUGUUUACAGUUAACUAUGUAGCAGAUUCCCUGUGAUUCUUGGUGGUUGUUCCUUAGUGUGUUCAUUUUUAGAUUGUUAUCCUGGAAUCAACCUGUUCCAUAUAAAAUAUUAGUAGUUUGCUUUCAGUCCCAUCUCCAAACAAAGACAUUACCUUCAGAAUAAUGUCUUCAAAAGUAAGGUCUACGUGUACAAACAUUUUCAUUGGUUAAUAUUUUGCUUGUGCAAUGUUACCUAAAUCACCAGAGUUUAUAUAUGAUAAUUUUAUGUAUAUUUUAUACAUUUAUCCACUGAAUAUAUCCCUCUUCUCUCAUAUGAAGCCUGUUUUGCAGGGAAUAAGAGCUUCAGUGAGCAUCUCAAACGUGUAUUUAUAAAAUAAUUUAGCUGACUUUAUAUCUCCCUACACCAGUUUGUAUUUUAGUACUGCUUUCCUGCACAUAAAUCCUGGUAAUGGUGACUUAAAAUGCCCUGUACUGAAAUAAGAGUUGUGCGCUAAGCAGGCGCUAAGCAGGUGGGACUGACUUUUUCCAGGGUAUGCGUAACAGCGACUUCCCCAUGUGCCAUAAUAGGUGUGCUGGAAGCCGGCGGCUGGAGAGUUCAGCGUAAUCCUCCUGUCUUGUGCAGCAUUGGUUCUUCACAUUGUAAAUGUGUUCUCAGCCCUUUUGAAUAAUAUUUGCACUACAAUAAGAGUCUUAUUCCAAUGUUCCUUAAUACAGAAUCAUUUUGUAAGCCAAAUUUCCAUAGAAAACAAUAUUUAUCAGCUGAUAGUUUCCCAGAUGGUCUGCUACUGAUCUAUAAUAUUGGCAUUGUGGUUAUUGAUUAUACAUCUCCUCUAUUGCACUGUUACAAACUAGAUGAAUGUGAGGUCCGUGUGGGUCGCUGUUACAUUCCUUUCCUCCUAUAACUAUUUCUGAUAUUUGCACAAAUGUACAGAUCAGCAGUGACCUUCACAGGCAUGCUUAGAAAACAAAAGAUGUAACCUCUUAGCUGCCAAAACAGUCUGUAACCCUUUGCCGGAUAUAUGAUGUCCCUGGCUUGUACUGCACAUUUGGCUACAGGGGUCAUACAAGUGUAUUAUUUGUUGUUACUCAGAUGUAUAAAGUUCAAAAACAUAAUGUAUCGUUUAGAUUUGUAAUCCUCGUAUGUGCCAUUGUCACAAAAAACAAUUCUAGUCCAACCAUUAAUAAAUUAACUUUUAGGAGAA